AUGAGCUUUACGAUUUCCAGCCGAACCUUGAGUAAUGGGUUAGAGAUACCGCUCCUCGGUCUCGGUACAUCAACGAUAGGUGAUAUCUACGAGGGAACAUGUCGGGCGAUCGAUGCCGGCUACCGUCUUAUCGACACGGCUUCCCUGUACCAGAAUGAAGGUGAAAUCGGCCGAGCCGUCGCCGAUAAAAUCAAGGACGGGACUAUAAAGCGAGAAGACCUCUUCAUUGUCACGAAGAUACACGUCAAUAGUCAUCGGAGAGGAGCCUUCGCCAAGGACUUCGAGGGCUCUCUAGCUCGCUUGAGGGUCGAUUACGUCGAUCUGUAUUUGAUACAUUGGCCGAUCGCGCUUGCCGAAAACUGCAGCGGGAAGAUUACAGACGGUCCCAUAGUUUUCGAUGACGACGCAGAUUAUCUGACAGUAUGGGCAAUGAUGGAGGAGUUGCUCGAGUCCGGAAAAGUUCGCGCCAUUGGUUUGUCCAACUUCAACAAAGCUCAGAUCGAGCGGAUUCUCAAAUCGUGCAAAAUCAGACCGGUCGUCAAUCAAGUGGAAUGUCAUCUGGUCUUCAACCAAGAGCGCUUGAGGAGAUACUGUGCGCAGCAAGGCAUUCUGCUCAUGGCAUUCAGUCCCUUGGGAGCUCCAGGUAGAACAAUAAUAAGGACCGAUGCGCCGAAACUGCUCGAGAACGACGUUGUAGUCGAACUCGCCAGAAAGUAUGGGAAAACCCCCGGCCAAAUUCUGCUCAGACAUACCAUCCAGCGGAAUAUAAUCGCGAUUCCGAAGAGCGCCAACCCUCAGAGAAUACGGGAGAACAUCGACAUCUUCGACUUCGCUCUCGAGCCGGCCGAUGUCGAGCGUUUGAACGCGCAGGACAAAAAUCUUAGGCUGGUGGAGAACAAGGUCUGGGAAGCUGGUAAAUACUACCCCUUCCACGAUGACUAUUGAAGCGUUCCCAAAUGAGCGCAGCUGUUGGCUCCGACGAAUAAUGAAUAAUAGUUCCCAUACAAGAAUAAACCAAAUCCACCC